AUGAAAGGGAGGCGCGGUCGUAAAAGGGCCCGAAGGUCAAGUACUCGGGAAGAUGACGAGCCCUCUGAUGAACCAGUUUACUGUAUUUGUCGAUCUUCUGUGUGUGAUACGUUCAUGAUUGCAUGUGAUGCUUGUGAGGAGUGGUAUCACGGGGAAUGCAUAAACGUAACUCCUAAGCAGGCAGAGUGUAUCCAGAAGUUCUACUGUCAGGCAUGUAGAGACGAAAAACCUGAAUUACAGAUCGAAUUCAAACCAGAUCACUUGAACGGGCGUCACUCUUAUGGGAAUCGGCAUAAGUCUGUAGAUGUUCCUUGUCCCGCCGUGGGUGAUGUGGAUGAUUACACAGACAGAUUUGGCAGCAUUCAGUCGCGCAAGCGAAGUCGCAAACAUUCCCAACCUCUACAGCCCAAAUCGCGUAGAGCGCCUGCCGCAGUACCUGUUCGACUUGGCGAAUCCUCGGAGGAAGAGUUUGAUCUUGACCACUCCCAGUUUGCAUCUCCGUCAUCAAGUUAUUCGCAAUCCCACGCUGCGCCUUAUUCUUCUCGUUCAAAGUAUGGUCGUGUUACGCUACCGCCUUAUGACAACUCAAAUGACGUGGAUUUCCAACAGUCACAACAGCAAUCUCAGCAACAAUGGCGCCGUUCACUUCCUCGGAAUCGAUCCCCUCAGCCAUGUGGAGAAUGCGAUAGCUGUAAAACUAGGGAUAACUGCGGUACCUGCGAGGUUUGUAGGAGUACAAAAUUCAAACAAGGUCGCAGUCGGCAACAAUGCUUACUCAAAGGGAAGAUGUGUCUGGCAAAUGAUCCUGAAUUUCAGCAGCCUUGGCGACGACAGCCAUCUCGAGGCCGAUAUGCUCCACCAUGUGGUGAGUGUGAGAAUUGCAAAACAAAGGGGAAUUGCGGUACUUGCGAAGUAUGUAGAAGUCCAAAGUUCAAGCAAGGGCGGAGUCGUCAGUACUGCUUAUACAGAGCGAAAAUAUGUCUUGGUAAUGAUCUUCAGAGGCAGCCAUCAAAAAUUACCUCCAGUCAAAGCCAUCUAUCUGACCUCGACUACGAGACCCACUUUGACAACUUUGCUCCAUCCACGCGUUUCCCGGCAGGGGCGCGUAAAAGUGUAGCAAUAGUUGGGAGUAAAAUGCGUAGGGGUGAUCAUUUGCCUGGUGGUGGUAUGGGUGGACCUUCAGGCCGCCUUAUCCAUGAGCCUCAGUUUUCCAGACGCGGUCCUCACUCGGAUUUGAACCUUCUAGAUAGCGCCGACUUCGUUGACGCUUACAACAUCUCUCCUUCCCACCGCAGUGAUCGGAAUGGCUCAUCGCGUUUUGUCGGUUCUCACAGUCGUCAAAAUGACAUUGAACCCCGGAUUAUGCGCAAUGUCGGUGGCAUAAUGGAUGCCGACGAUCUUCUAGGGCCUACAGAUGCUCCCCCUACCUACGAUUCCGACGAAGAUGUUGUUCUACCGGAGAUGCGUCCUUGUGCUGGUCCCGCAUGUUCCAAGCCCGCCAUCCGUUCGAGAUACUGCUCGGAGGAAUGUCAAUUGCGCCAUGAAAGCGAUAGCAUUAACAGAAUGCACACAUCAUCCCGCUGUUCCAGUGUGAAAGACCAGAUCAAGACACCAUAUGCUUUGCCCUAUCCGGACCACCUGUACUGUCGACAUCACCGUAUGUACAGUUCUCAAGUCUACAAUGUGGACGCAUCCCUAGGCGCACAACAGAGUGGCUCAUCCAUUUCAGAUAUGUACUCUGAUGUUUAUACCACUUUUGUAAGCAGUAACCAAUCUGCAGUCAUGGAUUAUGUCUACGACCCAAUGACAGGCUCUUCUCAGAUUCAAACUAGCUACAGACGGUUGUCUGCCGCACAGGGCAGUGGUUCUGAUGACUAUUUUGCCUCCUAUCCUCAAGACAACCAUAUUCCCAAAGUUGGUUCUGGUGGCCACUCGCGCAAAUUCCCCACUCUGGAGGAUAUGCGUGGACGCGGUCCGCAAUCUUCUGGUCAUCUGGUCGGGGGUCGGAUGCUGCCACUUGCUAGUCGUCGGCAGGUGCAUUCGUCACUAGGCCCUGCCGGUGGGAGUGGCAGUUCUGGUGGUGGCGAUGUCCUCUCUCCAAUUCCUCUAGAGUCUAUAACCCCGACUGUGCAACCCAUUCGCAUGUAUAAUGGUCACUUGGGUGGUGGACCGCCUGACUAUCGUGUGAAUUCGGGUGAUGGAGAGAGUGCGGCUGCUGCAGAGUUACUUACAGCGGAUGCUAAUGAUUUGAUAGACGUCGACGGUACCUCCUCAUCGGGAGUUGGUGGCAAUGGCAGUAUGAAUGCGGUCGCGUCGGCCAGCGCUCCCCCCUUCAGACAAGGUGACGAGUACUACAUGAUGAAUGAGAACGAAAAUAUUGAAAUAAACUGGCCGACUUCUCCGGGAGCCCUGGUGUGGUACUGCUCUAGUGGCGUUCUCGUCUAUCCCGCCAUUUCUCAUCCCUCUGCAAUUUUGGGAACAUUAAGCUUUCUUGUAAGUACUGUGCGUGACUUCUUCGGUGGCAGCAUCUGA